AUGUCGAAGGCAGAACAAGUCUUGAAGCUUGAGCCAGCUUCAGAAUUGCGCUUUCGGGGUAUUUUGUGAUUGUCUAUUCUGUUGUCGAUCAUUGUCUAAGUCAAUCCAGACGUGCUUUCAGUUAUUUAACUAAAAAUGCUUUCACCUGGUUAUCACAGGAUCUUUUACAAAAGUCGUCACAGCAAAUCUUAAACUGACGAAUCCUACGGAAAAGAAAGUAUGCUUCAAAGUAAAAACUACGGCUCCAAAAAGAUACUGUGUUCGUCCAAACAGUGGAUUUGUAGAACCUACUGGGGUUGUAGAAGUGGCCGGUAAGUUGUUUAUCUAAUUUAGCCAGUUCAAACUUCAGUUAUCAUCUUAAAAAGUUUUGUAGGGAAAACUGACUUUUCUUUCCACCUGGUUGCGUGGCAGUGUAUGUUUUACUGCGAUGUAUAUUCUCAUACAAUUUUUUGUUAAUGAAUUUAAAAGACUUGUUCCUACACGCCUUCAGUUUGCUCUACCUUUCAUAUGAAUGUAUGGGGUAAGCUCGUCAUAUGUAAUUUUGAAUUACAAUCACAAAGUCACAAUAGCAAACUUGGUAAAAUAUGAGGAAAGACUUGCAACCUCUCUGAGAAUUUCUACAGAGACUGCAACUUCAUUUUAUUAUUACUUUUUAUUUACAGUUAUGCUUCAGCCAUUUGAAUAUGAUCCAAAAGAAAAGAGUAAACACAAAUUCAUGGUUCAGACGAUGUUUGCCCCAGAAGGACAAAUUGAUCAUGAGACAUUGGUACGUGGUGGUUGUUAUUUCUUAACACUUUGAAAUUACAGCUAGUUAACUAAAAAAUAAAAUGUGAAAUUUUGGGGUUUUUAUUGAAAGGCAGGUAUCAGGCUGAUUUAGCAACAGAACAGGAAUGUCAGUUGAUGAUGGUGUGUGCAAAUGAAACUACUGGCUUGACCAAUGUUAGAGCGGCAAAUUGGGAACUGGAAGUGGAGUUUAUUCUUUUCUUUGCGCUUUCCCGUCGUCAAAUGACGUUUCCAUUGUGUUGCUAAAUCAGUCUAUUUACAGGAGGCAGUCACUUCUUCAACAACCUUUGCAGUAGUCAUCUUCAGAGUCAAAGUGAGUUGUAUCUCUUCAGUUGAUGUUAAUAUACUCUGGUUAUUGACCUGAUUGGUCAAUUAAGUCAUUUGACAUACGUGUACUUAACACUUUCUUUGGCUUGGUUAAUCCUCAUUUCUUUUUCCUACAUUAUUCCCCCAAAAAAAGGGGGAUGCAUGAGCAAAAGUCUUGUCUUACUGCCCAUUUGUAUAGGUUACCUAGAAAGUUGUCUGCAUCAUGUUAGUCUUCUUUUUUUGAUAGGUCAUUUUGACAAAGACAAGAGUGACAAAGUGGAUGUUAGUUCAUUUGUAGUAUUAGAGCCGUGUCCUUUUCUUGUGUCUCUAACUUCUAAAGUUAUAAUUUUUUGUAAGCUAUUACCUCUCAAGUUAUGGCCAGCCAAAAAAUGGGUUGUGUGUGACCAAAAUAAGUUUGACAGGAAAAUGUUACUAGGGAUAACCCAUUAUGUCAAGUCAUUCACUCCCCAACCCAAUAUACCAUGUACAUGUAAGAAUAUUGAAGACAUUUAGCGCUAUCUUGCAUACAUGUAAUACAAUGUAACUCUUUGGCUUUGCCUACCUUUUUUGCAGUACAGUGAAACCUCUAGUAAGUGGACACUAAGCCGGGCGUGCAAUUAACGUGUUAUGUUUCCCUUUAUAAUGAACCCCUAUUCAGCAGACACCUCUAUUAAGCGGACACGGGACUGAAUUGACAAUAGUAGUAUUGGAUUACGUCCUUCAAAUGUGUAGUGUAGUCGAGUAAUAAAGAUAAAUCAAUACAUUUAGCUAUCGAUGAACUGUAGAUUAGACUGAUAUCCUGCCACAUGAUUGUCCUCCAAGUUCAAGUCUUCCACAAAGUACAGCACAGCUUCCUUAAGAGCAUGGAACUCUAUCACAGUACAGAGUAACUGUUGAAUGUUAAUCGGUAACAAACAUUGCACAAUUUUUACAAACCUCUAUUAAGCGGACACCAUCUAUUAAGCGGACACUUGGGAAGGUCCUGAAGGUGUCAGCUUAAUAGAGGUUUCACUGUAUUCAAUAUUCUGACGUUUUAUGAAAUCGCUUCUCGUCAAUAUGCCUACAGUCACGUCCAAUACUCCUACACUGUUGUGGACUGUUAAGGGCAGUUGACGGAUCGUACAAACCGUCAGCAUUGUAACUGUCCAUAUUGUGAGUGCAUACGAAGGGUACAUCUCAUUAUUACAUUGGGGCACAGGGUGUUACGGUCCCGUACGAGGAUCGCAAUGGUCAAUAUGCUUCAUUGAUACGGAUCGUAACUUCCUCAUUCUUUAAACCAUAAAACAAAACAAGCAUGCUCAGGCAGUUAUAUUCCUCGUUCUAUAAGCCAUAAAUUAAAAGAAGUACGUUCCAAAUUCCUCAUAAGCCAUAAAGCAAAACAAGUGCACUUUAAAUUUAAUAUUCCUCAUUCCAUAAGCCAUAAACCUAGAGAAGCACAUUUCAAAUGUAAUAUUCCUUGUUCUUUAAGCCCUAAACCAAAAUAAGCAUAUUUCAAAUGUAAUAUUCCUUGUUGCAUAAGUCAUAAACCAAAAUAAGCACACUUCCAAUUUAUGUAAUGUUCCUAGCUCUAUAGACUAAGUAAGAACAAGCACACCCUAUCACCAAUGAAGCCUGCUCUAAAUGGCCAUAAACAGCGUGACUACAGCUCUUAACAGAACAUACAUGAGUUUUGCAAUCCAUAAGAUCUGUACAGAUGGACAAACCAGGUAUACCUUCUCAUGCAGCCAUGAAAAUUUGCUAAGUCCCACUGAUGAGGUGCAAUUUAUGGACUGUAAACAGCUGUUUACAGACUGUGUAUGAGUUUUGCGAUCUGUACAAUCCAUACGGAUUGACGAACUGUAUAUACCCUAUCUUAAUAUGAAAAUAUUCCUAGUCCCACUGAUGAGAUGCAAUUUUUGGACUGGACUGUACAUGAGAUUUGCGAUCUGUAUGAUUGGUGGUGUCGUGUGUCGUUUUGUUCUGAUUUCAGAUUGGCCUUUCUCAUGCCAAUGCCAAACAUCAUUGAAUACUGAUUUGCACAGUAUGCAAAUCACAGCCGUGAAAUUGACACAGUGCGUUGAUCGAGAGGUGAAGUUCAAAUUUUGUUUCAACCCGGGACGAUUGAAUUUUCUAACAGUGCUUUAGAUGUUUGAGCUCUUAGCCACUGAAGAUUUUGUUAUUACCAUGCCUCCGCUGGUUACCUAAAUUAAAGCCGUUCAGCUCCUUGUAUAAAUUAUACAAAAGCAUUGUAAAGCUUUGGAAGUGUUGAAAAGCGGUGAAAAUCAUGAAGAACCGUUAAAAUCCUUUAACCGUUGAAAAAAAUAAAGCUGUUAGCCAACCCGUUGAAAGCGUUAUGAAAAGGCUUUGGAAAAAUCAUCACAAACCAUUUGGAAAAAGUUACAAGCUGUUGAAAGUUUUUGCGCACCCAUUGGGAGCGUUGAGAAAGCCGUUAAAGCCGUCGGAGAAACCGUUAGCUACCUGUUGGUUAGCCCUUGGUUUUUGCCCGUUUAACACAAAACCGUUAGUGUACGUUUUCGCGUGAGAGGUCACAUUUUCGUGGCAGUAGUUUUGAAGAUUAAUGGCUGAUAAAUAACAAUUUUAUUAUUCACCGUAGUAGAGGUGGCUAGUGGUUGUUAUUCAAUAAUUAAGGUAAUCAAGAAUGGUACUUAUUUACCAAGCCAUGAAGCAGUGAUUUAAUUGAACACAAAAAGAUGAUUUUUAACACUUUAAUUGCUGCAACAGUUACAAUUUUGGCAUGCAAAUGCCCUCUUAGCCAUCAUGUUUUUUUGCCGACAAAUACAACAUAUGAAGGCCUUUGUUUAGCUUUUGCAGGGACAUUUCUUCCAAAUGAAUUGGGAAUUCUUUCUGUAUUGAAACCAUUCUGAUUAAAACACCAUUUGAUUUAGUUUCAAGCUUAUUCAUGAACAUGUUUGGCAUUACUUGUUGCUUAAGCAUGGAGGUGAAUCAGUGAAUAGCACUGGAUAGCCUGAGUUUGAGUAGCCAAUCAGAGCAUGCGAAAAACACUGUUUCAGUAUUUACUUGGUUGGACAGUGUUCAGGGAAAGAACAUGAUGUUGUAUCAACAUUAAUUCUAGAUGAUUAGAUGUAUACUGUGCCAAACUAGACAUGUAUAUGUGUAUGUAAUAAAGGUAAUCAAGAAUGGUACUUGAAACACAGCUAUGGCGAGCAGUUUUUGUCCCUGUGUUUUUAAACAAGUUAUUGCUCAUGUUAUUGUUCUGAAUUCAGCAGUAUCAUCAUUCUUAUUUUAAUUUAACAGUGGAAAGAGGCGGACCAAAGUGCAUUUAUGGAUUCUAAGCUGAAAUGUGUCUUUGAUUAUGUGGACGAGAGUGAAGCACCUGUAGAUGGUAGUAUGGGAGGAAAUGUAAGUGGUCAAUUUUAGUCAUGUUACAUGUAAGUUAUGAACAUGUUUUUAGGAACUGUUUGAUCACCUGUUGGGAGCUACCCCUUUAAACAGUGAUGAAGGUGCUCACAGUAUUUGGAGGAAAAAUUGGUCAGUUGGUACUGCUUGAGUUCUUGGAGUAUCUUUUAUGGCUGAAAAGGCUGAAAAAAUGAUUGCCUGGUUAUUUUUUGAUGAAAUUAUGAAUAUAUGAAAAUCAUAUAUGAGAAUACCCUGGGUACCAGAGGUUUUUUCUCGCAUGGGAUGAGGAACUUCAUGGGCCGCACGAGCGGCGAAACCACGAGAAAAAACCUCUGGUGCAGAGUGCCUUGAUUUACUAUGCUGGAUGGACCUUGACCUUGUCUCUUAUCUGUCAAUCAAAUCAGUGUCACAAGCUAAUUCAAAAGUAAUUAUCAAGGAAGGAACAACACGCUGGAGAACAAAAAGUCACACUAUCUCCAGAAUAACAAGCUUGAGUUUUCAUAGAAAUCAUUGCUUAAAGAGAAAUCUUGUCACAGUACAGUUCUCCUUAAUUUAUGUAGCUUUAGUAUGAGCUGCAAUCCAUUCUUCCAAAUUUGGAUCUGUUAAUCACUAAGGAGAAAUAAACAUCCUGCAAAAACUACUAACGAGCUGAGCCCAGUGUGACAUAACAUUGCAGGAAACUUUCACAUUUACGGACAAAAGAAAACCGCUUUUAGUCAUUCAAAUCCAGGAAACACAAAAGUUUUUUUAGCUGCAAAUGAAGAAGUUUACGUUUCAAAAGAGGUUAAGAAAAAUGGUCUCGACUCACAUCAGAGGGAAAAUCAUGCCGACCAGAAAUAAACCGCAGAAAAUCAAUAUGCGUGUCAUGACCUCUCAGUAUAAAACAAGGGGCAAAAAUAAUACACAUUUGGUCAGUCGUAAUCUGUUUGAAUGACUUCGGCUAUAGCCUGGUCUAAAUCUUCCGUUCAUACAGGCAUCUGAUAUUUCCAAGUCUCUUCCAAAAAGCGAAAAUGUACGUGAUUAUGUGCUUGGAUUGUUUCAAACCACCCGCGUCCCUAUCAUGCGCCUAUUGUGAUUGUAAUCCAAUAAGAGCGUUUGAAACAUUCGAUAUCUCAAAGAAACCAAUCAGCAAAACAUCCAGAUUCUGGAUGUUUUGGUAUAAGCGGGGUUGUUAUUGGCUCGGCUCUAUCAAAGGGAUUGCGCUCUGGACUUGACGCUUUUCACGCAGGUCACUUUGUAAGACUUAACCGAAACCGGAAACCGUGCAUGAAAAGCCUCUGGCACCCAGGGUAAUAUGAGAACUGCGGGUGAAGAAUUAUAUGAAAGAAUAUCAUUGCAGUUAGAGACAGAACUUUUGCAGUUGCGAAAAGAAAGCCUGUACAGACUUGUACAGGAUUUGAACCCUUUUACCUCUGGGAUGCCGGUGCGCAAUCUACCGAUUGAUCUAACAAGCCAACUGGGAGCAGGUUGUUGUAUUGGUUCAUAUUAAACCUGAUGAUGAAAUGAAAUUAUGUAUUAUAUGUUAUGCAUAGCUCAAGUGUCAAAAUUUGGUGCAUAUGAAGAACUCAUCGUCUUUAACAUUCGAAAGUAUAAAUGUUGUGUCCAUAAGUCAUAUGAUAUGUCAUGUGACCAUUUUUUGCAAAAUCUUUAAUAAUUGACAAAUUGGUGGCGGGUUUAAGAAAAGAUAUCAAGCAAUAACCUUCAGUUGCGUUUAAUGCUUUGAAGUUUACAAAAAGUGACCUUUCUCAUCCACCAAUGCAUCUAUAAGAACUGACCUAUAACUUUAGAAUUCACGUGAGCUUUUUGGUAUUUUUAUUGCAAAUUUGACAGUUUUAUGUUGCAAGUCAAUUAGGAGGGCCAAUAGAACAUGGUUCAUAUCAGAAUAUCAGAAGAGAACUUCUAGUUGCAAUAACCUUAUGACUAAGGAUAACAGCUAUUUCUUGAAUUAUUGGUGAUACUUCAUUGGUUAAAAAGCAGUUUUGACUCAGUUUCCUACUUGUAUGAUGACUAUUCAGUCCUAAUGCUUCGUACCCAGUGUUGAAGUGUGUGUGAAAAAUGUGGGCAUAAUAAAGGCCAGCUUUAACCAUACUGUUUCAUAACUCUGACCUAGAUAUUACACUGAAAAUGUAAAGAAAAGAUAAUUCAAGUCAAUGUUAUUCCUAAUUAGGUAAUUCCUUGACAGAUCUUUGAAAGAAAUGCAAGAAAAUGUAAGCAACUCACUGUCAUGGAGCAUAAGGAAAGGAAGAACAGCCCUUAGCAACUGUUGCCACUGAAAAGCCUUGUUUUUGUGCAUACGUAUACUUUAGUAUACAACCAAACAAAUCCCUAGCUGGCUUUUUUAUUCCCUGCCUACAUGUACUUUUCGUAUUCAUCUGGCAACUUAAAUAUAAGUGUCAGCCCUGAAAUAUUGAAUGGUCUUAAACUUGUUCUUUUACUGAAUUUUAGUGAUGCGUAUAAUAAUAUUAAGUCUGUGUAUUGGCCAGCAUAAGAAUUAAAAAUCCUUUUUAAUGGAUAACAUGUACAAUUUUGUUUAGAAACCUACUUGUAAUUUCAACAUGCAUCUUCUCCAUCUAGUUUUACAUACAUUCAGUCACAUUCAUGUGGUACUAAUGAAAAGAAUUUGUUUGGAUUAUUCUUGUGUCAUUUUUCUCUCUUAGGCCCCAAUGUAAGGAGAAAUCAGCCCCCUGCCAUAAUUUCAACUUGUAGCCUGUUAACUACACAAUGUUGUGCAGGCACCACUGGUAAUUUAAAGAAAAAUGCUAAUUAAAUUAUUUAUUUUUACAUGGCAGGAAAAUGAAUCUUUGAACAACAGAGAAGUACCUCUUCCUUCAAAGAUAUCUAAGUUAGAACCAGCACCAGUUGACAGUGGUACUAGUAACAUCAAGACACCUUCUUCACAUAAUCGAAAUGGUUCUUAUCCUGAACCAGGACUGGAAGCUUCCACAUCAACAAGAUCUUUGCAGGUACUUAAAGAUUGAUGCAAAAGAUGUCGCGCUUUUCCAGAACGGGUUGGUCCACGAAUUCUAUCCCUUGAAUCCCUUGAAGGCAUUGAUUACUUUAGAGCACGUGAAUACUUUAGUAGUUGAAAAAAAGGAGAAUCUUUAUGAGCGAAACUUCAAUCUCGAGGCUAACUGCAGGUCGGGUGUUGUAAACUUUCAUUGUAUGCAAAUUUAGUCUUGUGAUAAGCAUGUGGUUUAUUUUUCUGGUGAUGAUUGAAAUAAUAUGCCAAGUUUUAUUGAGGCCCUUGAUUUUCGUGUACUUAUGCACGCAUACAGAGAGAAAUUGUCGAAUACAAUGUAAAUGUAAAUAUCCUGAAUCCUGCUUUGUGUAGAAUUAAUCACCUCCUCAUUUCUUAUAUAAUCUUCAAGCAAGCGAGACUUAACAUUACUAAAGAACUUUCUUGUUAUUCCAUCAUGUUAUGAAUAAUAAACUAGUGUACUGGAUUAAUGAGGUUAACUUAUCUCCCUCUUGGUCAGUAAUAAUUUUUUGUAAUGUUAGUAAUGUUAAAUGUCUUCUGUUAAUUCACUACAGGCUGAUGAAAGAAGAACCAUAAAUGAGGAAUUAGAAAAACUGAAAAAUGAAAACACUGUUCUUAUGGUAUGUAUUGCAUUGUGUGGUCAUAUCUUUGCAAAGGCGCAAAUUCAGUCAUUCUUGGGGGGCUGCCAUUCCUUGCUGUUUAGUAGGCCGUUUCUGAGUUGAAGUAAACCUCAACACGAGGCUACUGUAAGUGUCAGCUGAAGUGUGUAGUCUUUGCUAAUGUAAAACAUUUUCACGGUUUCACACUUGACAUCUUUUUGGUGGCAGGGAAUUCUGGACUUCUAAGACUAUGAUUUCUUUGUACGUACUGUUAAAAACGGAUUUUUAGAUAGGAAGCUUCAUGAUUUUAAUUUAUGCUAUGAGCUAAAAGUCUAUACUACCCACUGGACUUGGGGGAUAAGAGGCAUCACUGGCUCUUUGACCCCCAAAUAUUUCGAUAACGCUUUGAUAGAUUUCGCUCAAACUUUGCAAACAUCGAGGCGGUUAUUGGAGCUCCCUUGAAUCAUUUUGGAAGAACAGUUCCCAGUACCGAGAAACAUAGCCUCCCACGCAGGCUUUCUUAGGGGAGCUCGUUUUUCAUCCCUCCCCACAAACGCCUGCUCAACCGAAGACAACAUUCCCUUCCCAUGCUUAGCAAACCACAUUGUACUUUCCAUAUUCUGGAAAGUUGACCUUGACCGCAAGGUAAUCUGAUAAUCACUCGAUCUACGUGAAACACUGGGAAAGCUUUGUGGGCCUCUAGAUUCAUAGCGGCAAAAAUAAGAUUUAGUCAAAUUUGAGAAUACUCCAUGCACUGCAUAACCUUAGCGAAGGAAAGAAAAGAAGGGAAACGGUAACUCCAGGGUCACGUUUUAGUCGCGUUUAGCCUGUCAACACUUUUUUGCACAACUGUUAAUUGGUCACUUACCACUCAAAUAAAACAAUGGGAAAGGAAUGUUGUUUUCGGUUGAGCAGGCGUUUGUGGGAAGGGAUGAAAAACGAGCUCCCCUAAAAACGUCUGCGUGGGAGGCUACGAGAAACACGGCCGUAAGUAAAAUAGGUAAUGGCGUCAUUUCGUUGCUAUGACAACUCCGCUGUCAUUGUAACUCUGAUCAUAACAAAUCUUCAUCUUUUAUCUUAAAACGAUUCGCAACGACGAGUUUUAGCGGAACGCAGCAUUACAGUAUUGUCUUGACUGGCUGCCACAUUGUUCCAACAUUGCUAAGCAGUUUUGCGCUCAAAAUCGUCGUUGCGAAUCGUUCUGUGUAACAUCACUUUUAUACAGCUAUGGUGGUAAUUUUUUAUGCUGAAACUUGGGAGAUAUUGAUCCAGAAGAACCCUAUUGAGCCACCUCAAUAGCGAUCGAGUUUGAAUAAAAUGUGUUAAUUGUUUUGUUUCUUGUUAAUUUGCUAGGAGGAGACAUUAAGACUCAGGAAGAAUGUGACGCAGCUUCCUUCGCCAGCUCAGGCGUCUUCAGCUAGUGUGACUACAAUGCCGUCACCACAGCGGCAGCAGCAGCAGACAGCGGCAGCAAAUAUGCCACCUGUGGCAAUAGCCUAUCUUGUCAUAGCAUUGAUAUGUGGAAUAAUUAUUGGUAAAUUUCUCUUGUAAAAGACAGUGGCUCUUAGAGUUAUUUUAACGUGACAAUUUUAGAUCCUAAUAAACAGAUGUGGAAAGGAGUUUUUCCAUCAACCGACAGCAAUGUCCUUGAGGUGCAGCAACGUUUGCUUUGAAAAGUGUUCAACACAAUGAUUCACCUUGGAAAUAUAUAUGUAUUAUCAUUUUUCCCCUCCUAAUUCGACUCUUUUUACUUUCAAACGCUUUUGUGAUCUCAUCGGUGAUGUAACCACAGGACUCAGACUUGGAAGUGAAAACUAAUUACAA